GCAAAAUAGAAGCUGGGCAAGUAUGCAGAAGAAAAACCCCCCCCCUGAGGGGAAGAUCCAGAAGCUCGCACUGGGAACAAAACAACACCUUCAUUCCUCCCUGUUUCGCCCAUCUCCCUUUCUUUCUCCCUUUCUCUGUCUCAGUUGCCCGUCCACAAGUUUAUUUUUCUUUUAUUAACUGCUCUCUCUGUCUCACGUUCAGCCAGAGAUUGGGCAUCGAUUGUGACUGUCUUUUGUCUGUUUGUGUUAUACUUCAUUCAAUGGGCCCCGUCAUGGAUCCCUUUCACUACAAUGAGGAGCCUGCGUCAUUCACUGCGACUGUGUCCGAUCCGACCACAACAACCACAACUAGAUCACAACCAACAGUAACAAGCUCUCCAAGCUACAACUAUUCCAUGUCUUCUUCCCUCACUGCUUCCGAUCUCCCGACCCAUCCCUCUGCCGUACCUCUGUCACCACCCGAUCGUGUAUCGUCGCGUUUAUCGCCUCCCGAUCCCCCCGCGCGUUCGCAUCCGCCCCCUCGGCGCAUCCCCAGUUCUGGCUCCCUGGCGGACGAGAAUCGCCGCAAGUCCAGCCCAACCCUGAAAAAGCGUGCGUCGACCGCCUCCUUGCACUCCAACUCCAACCGGGGCGCUUCGGCCUCUCCGCGUCCGACCGCGUCGCGGCGCUCCUCUGCCUCCCCCUGUGGGACAUCCCCGCCCGGCGCCGCAGCCAGCAUGUCCGCGACUGCGCUGCCCACCGCGGCGUCGAUCGCGGCCGAUUUCUUGCACAAGGAGAUGGAUUGGCACCAGUCCACCGACGUCCAGUCGUCCACCCUGGUUUUGCUACAUGAUGCGUGCUACGGCCACCGAUACUCGCGACCCCGCACCUCCCGCGCCUCCCUGAAUCUGAUCGUUGAACGUCCGGAGCGCAUCCAGGCAGCCGUGCUGGGCAUCGCAGCGGCGUAUGUGCGCCUGGCUGGUCGGCAUGACGGCGGUCGCCACGCGCCUCACCCCGAGCUGCACCCUCGCCAACUGCCAGUGCCGCCCUUCCAGAUCCGGAGGACCGCGCGCACCCUCUCGCUGCAGGCACCCGCCGUGGCCCAUGUGCACGGAGCGCAGUGGAUGGAGGAGCUGAAGAGCAUGUGCAAUGCGGCGGAGUCGCGACUCGCCUUGCACGGGAAGGAGCUGGUCCGACCCCGCAGUGCGGGCAAGGACAGUGCCACCACCGCCGCAAACACUGUGCCCGCCCUUCACGAAGGAGAUCUGUAUCUAUGCUCGGAGUCAUUGAGUGCAUUUGAAGGCGCGCUUGGAGGCGUGACAGAGGCCGUCGACGCGGUUCUCGGGUCGAGUCCGACCAAGCGAGCCUUCGUCUGCAUCCGCCCGCCGGGCCACCACUGCUCCUCCGGUCACCCGUCGGGGUUCUGCUGGAUCAACAAUGUUCAUGUGGGCAUCGCGCAUGCAGCGAUGGCGCAUGGGCUGACUCACGCCGCGAUCCUGGACUUUGACCUCCAUCACGGGGACGGCUCGCAGGAGAUUGCCUGGGAUCAAAAUCAGAAAGCCGGGAUGGCUGCCCGCAACGCCGCCGCGCACAAGAAAACCAUGGUGGGAUAUUUCAGUCUGCACGACAUCAACUCGUACCCAUGCGAGGGGGGCGACACGGACAAGGUGCGCAACGCGAGUGUGUGUAUAGACAAGGCCCACAGCCAAUCGAUCUGGAAUGUUCACCUGGAGCCAUGGAAAACCGACCGGGAAUUCUGGGAGCUGUACCAGACCAGGUAUAGUGUCUUGUUGGAGAAAGCGCGCGCAUUUCUACGUCGACAUACCCAGCGGCUGGCCGACGCCCCAAAUGGACCCCGACCCAAGGCGGCCAUUUUUAUCUCGGCGGGGUUUGACGCCAGCGAGUGGGAAGGGGCUGGGAUGCAGCGGCAUCAGGUGAACGUCCCGACCGCGUUUUACGCUCGCUUCACGGCCGAUGUGGUGCGUCUGGCCCACGAAGAAGGGCUGGGGACUGACGGGCGUAUCAUCAGUGUACUGGAGGGCGGCUACAGCAACCGCGCGCUGACCAGCGGCGUCCUCAGCCACCUGUCGGGACUGGCCGAGAUCAGAGAGACGGAGGCGCAGCAGAUCGAUCGUCUGGCGUCUGCGAUGACGGAUCGUCUGGGCUUAUCUGACACGCAACCCCCUGACCCGGAGGGCUCUCAGGGUGGGUAUGACGACGAUUGGUGGUCGCCUGGGAUGCUGGAGGAGCUGGAAGCGCUGGCGUACCCGCCGCUGGCGCCCGCCAAAUCCCGCGAGAAAGCGGCUCCGACCUAUUUUCAACCCACCCAGUCUUUCGCUGCCAAGGUGGUGAACUCGCGCGAUCGCCGGUCGAUAGGUUCCUAUUCGUGCGCUGAGCCGGAGACGCGUCCGCCCUUGCCGCGGGUCGGCUGGGCCACCGCAUCACAUGAGCUAGCCAAGAUUCUGAUCCCGACUCACAGGCAGACGACGAGCUGUCGCCCGGAGGAGCUGAACGCAGAGGCAUCGCGCCUGCGACGAGAGCGGCAGGCGGCGGCGGCGGCGGCUAGCAACGCGCCCACCAGCACCAAUGGUGGGACCCCGGAGGAAAGCCGGAUGAAACUGCGCGUGCGCAAGCCCAAGCCAUCGUUGCCGCCCAGUCCACAGGAUGAACGGCCGGCUGCGCGCAGCAGUCGCAGGACGACCAUUGACGCCCCGCCGGACAGAGUUAAAGCUGGUCACAACCAAACAUCGCCAAGGGUGCGGACAGUGCGGAGGAAGAGUGCGGUUUCAGAUGCUAGCUCGGUUUUGGAGGCGGGCAGCAGCGAUUCGUCCAAAGUUGCAACUGCCGCCGCUCUGGCUGCUACUGCGGGGCCGGGUGGUUCUCGAUCGAGCACCCCCCAGCGUAGUGUGCCGCCUGUGCCCCAAGUGCCUGUAGAGUUUCAGCCUCGCCGCGAGGGUGACAAGGGAGACGAUGUCGAGGAUCUGGCGGCCGGAGUGCGCAAGUUGAACAUCAAGCUGAAGGUCCCUUCGCCGGAGGAGAAUGCUGCACGGGAGGAACGACGGCGGGCGAAUGGGGCUAGGGUUGGGUUGAAGAAGCCGCCGCCGCCGCCGCCGCCGCAUCAGGCACCGAAGCGGGCAGCCGGGGGAAGUGCUACUGCGGCCAAGGUGGAUAGCCUGGUAGACAGUGGUGGUUCGGUGGGGGAUAACAAGGCGGUUGAGUUGAGCUUUGGUCAGGGGGAGGCUAAAGUGAAGCCGGAUGAGGCAGAGCCCAAACCGCCUGCGGUCAUGUCCCCGGUAACCUCAUCGCCAAUCUCGUCCGCGACGGACGCCAUGCUGAUGUCGCCGCCUCUGACUCCGGGUCAGCAGCCGCAGUCGAGGCUCUACUCGCCGCCAUCGUCGACGCCAAUGGGAAACGGGUUGCCAGUGCUGAUGUCGCGGGGCCCGAUCCGGUUUGCGUCCGCUUCAGCUGGUUCUGGUGAGAGGGGGAUGAAUCAAGAGGCCAAGCGGGAGGAGGAAAGCGAUUGAAUGUCGUUAUGCUGAUAGUUUGCGAGUUGGAGUUGGAUUUGAUACCCCUUUCGUUUUUUGCUCUUGUUUUAUCUUAUUAUUUUUUUUCUCGAGAUUUAUCUCCGGCGCCAAUCUCCGGAUCAGAUAGUGGAGAUGCACCGCCACGCUGAGUCAGAGGGAGCGGUGCAUCUUCCAGCAUCCGCCAGAAUUGCUUACUCUACUUUACAUACUAGCAUAGCAGACUUGAAC